CGGCGGCCAUGUUGGGAGCCGCGGGGCGCGGGCCGUGCUGAGGCUCCGCCGGGGCCGCGCUGGGCGCUGCGUUUAUCGGGGAGCGGCGCUCGGGGCCGCGCAGGAACAGCGCCUGCCGCGCCUCUGCGCCGGGGUCGCUGGGCGGCCGGUGCCCGGCUGGAGGAGCGCUCGGCGGGGGGGGAGGAGGGGUGUCCCUGACCGAGGAGCAGCGCCAUGAGCGGGGGGACGCCCUACAUCGGGAGCAAGAUCAGCCUCAUCUCCAAGGCCGAGAUCCGCUAUGAGGGGAUCCUGUACACCAUCGACACCGAGAACUCCACGGUGGCGCUGGCCAAGGUUCGCUCCUUUGGCACAGAGGACAGACCGACGGACAGACCCAUCCCCCCUCGCGAUGAGGUCUUCGAGUACAUCAUAUUCCGUGGCAGUGACAUUAAAGACCUGACUGUCUGUGAGCCACCAAAGCCUCAGUGCUCUUUGCCACAGGACCCUGCUAUUGUUCAGUCCUCUCUAGGAUCCUCGAGCAGCUCUUCGUUCCAGUCGGUGGGCUCGUACGGCCCCUUCGGCAGGAUGCCGGCCUACAGCCAGUUCAGCCCCAGCCCGCUCGUGGGCCAGCAGUUCGGGGCUGUUGGAGUCGCAGGAGGUUCUUUAACAUCUUUUGGAACAGACUCUUCGGCCAGUGCCAGCAUGUCCCAAAGCACUGCAGUUGGUUCUGCAUUUACAACAGAUGCAAGAUCCCUAAAAACACAGAUGUCUCAAGGUCGUUCAAGCCCUCAGAUGGAUCACUUGAGAAGGAGCCCCACCAUGGAACAAGCAGUACAAACAGCUUCAGCCCACCUGCCCACCCCAGCACCAGUGGGGAGGAGGAGUCCUGUCCCAACCAGACCUUUGGUGUCUGCUGGCCAGAAAUCCUUGGAGAACCAAGAGCACCGACGAGCUGAAGCACACAAGGUUUCAAGAUCAGAAAAUGAACUCAGAAAUGAAAACAAACGACAAAUUGUUCCAGGUGCACCCUCAGCACGGAGAGGCCGCGGAGGCCACAGGGGGGGCCGAGGAAGAUUUGGUAUUAGGAGGGAUGGUCCAAUGAAGUUUGAGAAGGACUUCGACUUUGAAAGUGCAAAUGCACAAUUCAACAAGGAGGAAAUUGAUAGAGAAUUUCAUAAUAAACUUAAAUUAAAAGAAGAUAAACUUGAGAAACCAGAGAAGCCUGUAAAUGGAGAAGACAAAGGUGACUCAGGUGUCGAUACCCAAAACAGCGAAGGGAAUGCCGAUGAGGAGGAUCCACUUGGACCCAACUGCUACUAUGACAAAACCAAAUCCUUCUUUGAUAACAUUUCCUGUGAUGACAAUAGGGAACGGCGACCCACCUGGGCCGAGGAGAGGAGGUUGAACGCGGAGACCUUCGGCAUCCCCCUGCGCCCCAACCGCGGCCGCGGCGGCUACCGGGGCAGGGGCGUCAUCGGCUUCCGAGGUGGGAGGGGACGAGGAGGAGGAGGAGGAAGAGGCUCCUUCCCUGCCCCCCGAGGCUUCCGCGGUGGAUUCAGAGGAGGUCGUGGAGGCAGGGAGUUUGCUGACUUUGAAUAUAGGAAAGACAACAAAGUUGCUGCGUAGUCUACAAGAAAGCUGAAACCGGGUGAACGUCUAGAUCUUCUUGAUUCAGAGAAUUAGUUUUGAUCUCUGCAGAGAAUGAAGUUAAUUUGCUGUAUACUUGUCACCAGCACUGGGAUUUAACUAUUUAAUUUCAAAGGGGUGUAAUGCAGUUACUUUUGAAAAAUGGCCAUCUUUGAAAACAGUGAGCAUUAAAUAUAUUUGAGACAGAAGGAUGAGUAAUUUCUUAUGUAUAGUUAAUUAUAAGCAGUACUUCGAUGGAGUUUAAGUAUUUUUUCAUCACUGAAAGGAUUUUUCUUAUUACUAAACUGUAUUUGAUAAUUGCUUCAAGUUGUAAGGACAAUUGUAUGCAGAAGGCCGUCGAUACUGUGAGUGUUUUGACCCACUGAAGGUUGUUUUUUGGAAAUCCUGUAAUAUCCCUUUUGAGGUAGUUGUACUUGUAUCAACUAGGGUGCUGGACAGUAGAAAACUUGCUUUGUCAGUCAGAUAUGUACACACAGUAAAUACUGUUUCUUAGGCAAAGGAAAGUUUUUAUAUAGUUGUAAAAUUCCAUUAUAUCCCAUUGCCAAAGAAACAUUACAAACUUUGUAUAGCUGUAUAAAAAGCAACUAAUUUUUUAAAGAAUAAACAUUUUUAAGUCGGCAAACAUACUGUGUUAUUGCAGAAGUUGAUAUGCUGAAGAACACUGAAGUAGUUGGGUUUUUUUCUUUAGCAGCUUUUCAGGCUUAAAUGUUUGAUUUUAUAUUUGGACUAUAAUGAAGUUUUGAAAAUGUUCUUCCAUUACACAAAACUGGAUACACGCUUCACUGCUCUUGCAAGAAUUUGAUUUUGUAGUUUCUGGCAUAUCACAGGAUUUGACCAAGUUAAGGAGAUAUUUUCAAAAAAGGAGAAAAGGAAUUUUCAUAUGUCAAGAUUUGCAAUUAAUUUUACUUAGUGAGAAAUAUUAACUUUUUUUAAUAAUGGGCCAGGCACGUGAGUUGGUGAUUCUCCUGGAGUGCCUGGGAAGAAAGUCUGUCUCCAUUUGUCAAUUCUUGAAAUGUUAACUUUGUUGUAAUACCUGUAGACAUGAGCAAUUUAAAGAAUUCUUAGUGUUUGAAGUUGUUUGCAUUUUGAUAGACCGUAGCUUGGAGACAGUGAGACUCUGGUUGUGAGACUGCCAGGUCACAAAUGACAGAGUAUGGACUUCUGGCUAAUUCUGGAUGAGUAGUUACAACUUUGAUAUGCUGAAAUAGAAACCUGGUCAUUUGUGUCUGUGUAUGUAAAAAUGAAGGCCACAGGAAUAAAGGGAUCCAAAGAUUACAUCACUUUGAUCUAAUUUGCUGAUUUUUUAAUUUUUUUUUUUUACUUAAAAAUGUUCAGUGGUGAUAAAGAUGUGGAAAACUGCACUGUUGAAAAAUUGGAAUAUUUAAAAGUGGUUGAUAGAAUCUUAAUUUUAUAACUUUUGUAUAGCACUACAAGGAAGUAUUUUGUAAUUGGUUUCCUUAUUAAGGUCAAGUAUUUGACAGCUGUAGAAGUUAGGUAAUAUUGUUUAGUAAUGUUUUUUGCAUGUUAACAACUGCCUUUUGGGAUCCACAAGUCAUGAUUCUGAACACCUGUUGAGGUUUUUGACCGUAGAGGCAAGUGCUGUCCUGUUGCAAUAACUCUUUACUGUCUGAGGUGUUCCAGCUGUAAAUACCGGGCCGGGAGCUGCGGCCGGGGCCAAGCCUGGGUGUCCCUGCCGCGCCCGGCCAGGCUUUCUGUUUUUUUUUUUUUUUUAUUUUAAACCAGAAUAAACUGUUCAAUAGAA